AUGAGACGCCAUGGAUGGCAACGUCCUCUUCACCCUUUACAGUUUGUGGGCAUGGCAGUUUACAGUUUUCUGGUGGUGUGUUUCUACACUUUCCUGGGACUUUUCCUCGGAAACCGAAUUGCCGAGAUAACAUUCACCCUCAUGUUUUCCCUUGUGGCAAUCUCGGUUAUAUUUCUGUUCGUAAGGUGUACGGCGAUUGACCCCACAGACAGAACCAGCUUCAGGAAGAAGAAAAGAGCCAAAUCGAACGCGAUUCCGAAGCUGAACUACGGUUUCAUUCUUGGUCAGAUUGUGAUGAGGUUCUUUAGGAGGGUUGAAAGGAAGAUGCUUAGGACUUUCAUUAAGAGGAAGUACUUGGAUCCGUGGAAGACAAGUGUCCAAAUGGAGCCUUUGCUUCCAUUCCCCCUUGUCAUGAAAGAUGAUGAUGAUGCCAUUGUCCCCGAUCUCAAAGAGGAUGACAUCUCGUUUUGUGCACUUUGUGAUUUUGAGGUGAAGAAGCACAGUAAGCACUGCAGGACCUGCAAUCGCUGCGUUGAAGGGUUUGAUCAUCAUUGCAGGUGGUUGAAUAACUGUAUUGGGAAAAGAAACUACUCAACAUUCUUUCUUCUGAUGAUUUCGGUCAUGUUAAUGCUUAUCAUUGAAGGAGGGGCUGCAAUUGCUAUAUUUAUCAGGUGCUUUGCGGAUAAAAGAGGAAUAGAAAAAGAGCUUCAGAGGAAGCUUUAUGUAGAGUUUCCAAGAGGAGUUCUUGCCACCAUAUGUGUGUUGCUUCUCUUAUUGACAGCUUAUAGUUCAGCAGCACUGGGGCAGCUUUUCUUCUUUCAUGUGGUCCUGAUACGAAAGGGGAUGAGAACCUAUGACUAUAUCCUGGCAAUGAAAGAAGAGAACCAAGCCAUGGAAUUGGAAUCAUUUGAUGAUUCUGAUUUUUCUUCUGAUGAUAGCAUUGAUUUUGACUCACCUGAAAAGCCAACACUAAUGUCAAAGUUUCUGUGCAAAGGGCAGAGGGUAAACCAGAGUUCACCUAGGUUGUCUAUCAGGAUUGAGGGGGAAACUGAGCCUUCCCCCUUGAUCAAGACAAAGAAGUUCUACGUAAGCAUUAACCCAUGGAAACUCAUAAAGCUGACCAGAGAGAAAGCCCUACUGGCAGCUGAGAAGGCCAGGGAAAGGCUUCUGAAAGAAAAGCCAACGGGGGAACAUAAUUCAUUAAAACCUCUUCCCCUUGAGACGAAAUGUGGACCAUCGAUGAAUGCGGAUAGCAAUAUGGACAAUGAAGAAUUUGGCUCAACAACUUUUAUUGCAAAAGGGAGACAUCCUGGAUCACCGGGAAGGUUUUCAAGCCCAAGAAGGAGAUUUUCUGCUGGCUCACCAACGGUGUUCUCUAGCAGCAUAUUGCCAUCUCCACAACACAAGUAUAGAAGCAGUUUUGACUUGAAGUUAACAGGUGUGUCCAGGGAGCUUGAAACACAUAUUUCAAGGCAGGUUCUAUGUUCAGUUAUCAGCAAAGAUGGAAGUGAACCAUCCCCAAGAUAG